UCCUGGGGGACGCGGGGGCAUGGGGGUCCCGGAGGGGCUCCUGGGGACACCACCUCUGGGGGGGUUGCGGGGCCGGGGGCGCCCGGGGAGGGGACACACGCGGGACCCGGGGGGGCGGUCCCGGUCCCUCCCGCCGGGCGCGGCCGCUGGGGCCGGGGCGGGACGGGGCCGGGGAUCGGGACCGGGACGGGGACCGGGACGGGCGCUCCGGUACCGGCACGGAGCCCGGUACCGCUCCCGCGGGACCAUGGCGGGGCUGGCACAGUGUCAGCGCGAGGCAGAGGAGGUGACGGAGCUGAUGAAGCAGAACUUCGCCCGGGCUCUGGAGCGGGACGGGCGCCUCAGCGACCUCGACACCCGGGCCCAGGAGCUGUGCGCCAUGGGCAAAGCCUUCACCCGCAGCACCCGGGCGGUGGCGCAGCAGCAGCGCAGGGGAAACCGGCGCUGGCGCCUGGCAGCCAUCGGCCUCAUCGCUGCCUUCCUCCUCCUCCUCGCCCUCGGCCUGGCCAUAUGGCUGUCACGACCAGCCCCCACCACCGUCACCCUCACCGUCACUGUCCCCCCCCCUACCCCCUCCGGGGGGGGGGAAUGAACCCCCCAGAGUUAUGGCUGGGACUUUGGGAGACCCUACAAUAACAAACCGGCAGGAUCUGUUCUGGGGGCACCCUGUGAUAAAUAAGAACCAGGACUCGUUUUGGGGAGACCCUACAAUAACACACCAGCAGGCGCAGCUUUGAGAAGACCUAAUAACAAACCGGCAGGACCCCCUCCAGGGAGACCCUACGAUAACAGAGCAGCAGGGUGAUCUCUGGUGAGACCCCACAAUAAAUGAGCACCAGGACUUGUCUGGGGAGACCCUACAAUAACAAACCGGCAGGAUCAGCUUGGGGUAGACCCCACAACAACAAACCGGCAGGACCCACUCCAGGGAGACCCCAUGAUAAACGAGCACCAGGAUCUGCUCUGGGGAGCCCCUACAAUAACAAACCGGUGGGAUGAUCUGCGGGAAGGUGCUACGAUAACAAUCGUGCCGGACCCCCUCCGGGGAGACCCUACAAUAACAGAGCAACAGGAUGAUCUCCAGUGAGACUCCAAAUAAGCACCAGGACCUGCUUUGAGGAGACCCUACGAUAACAAAAAUGACAGACACCCCCCACCACCACCUCCAAGGAGACCCUACAAUAAUAAACCAACAGGACCCACUACAGGAAGACCCUCCAGUAAACAAGCCGUAGGAGUUAUUUUGGGGAGACCCUACGAUAACAGAGCAGUGGGACGAUGUCUGCGCGGACCCUACAAUAAUAAACCAUCAGGACGAUCUCUGGAGAGACCCUACGAUAACAGGGCAGCACAAUGAUUUCCACGGAGACCCUACAAUAAAUAAGCACCGGGACUUGUUUUGGGGAGACCCGACAACAGCAGAGCGGCAGGACCCCCUCCAGGGAGGGCCCUACAAUAACAAGCCCGUGGGAUGAUCUCCGGGGAGACCCUACAAUAACGAACCGCCAUGCCUUGCUCCGAGGUGACCCGGCAAUAACGACCCUGCAGGACCGGAUUUGGGGAGAGCCCGCAAUAACCAGCCCCCGCGUCUCACUCCCGAGAGACCCAACAACAGCAACGGGUCGGGAGGGACCCUGCCACAAUAAACCAGCACA